UGAGGGAGGAGGAUGUAGGGCUGAGGGAAGAAGGCUGAGGUCGGAGUUUGUAUGACUGACGGCUGAGAAGGGAGGGUAGAGGACAGAGGUGUGACUGCAGAUUUGGACGAUGAGUGACUGUAAAAGCAACAGAUGCGCCAUUUCAAAAGGCAUAGGACAUCGCAGGAAGGAGAUGUAUUUCGCAGCAGGAUGUCCUAAAAUGUGUUCCGUACACUUUACCAGUGGCUAAUAAUUGUGCCCCCCCCUGAGGGGAGAGUCCUGCAAACUAAUAAUAGCAUGAGCCACUUAUAGUGUAUGUAACUGCUGCCUGGAAGGUACUGUAUGUUCUUCUCUGUGCUCCUCAAGUCUGAAAGAAUGAAUAUUGCUCCUGUAAAGCCUUUCAACAGAAGCCUUGACGAGAAACAGACAGCCACAGUUUUGAGUAGAGGAGCAAGGAGCCAAACAUUUCUUAUGAAAAACACAAAAGAAGCCGUCAGAAGUUAUGGUUUUCAAGAAAGCAAGACAAUGCUCAGGGCUAGGCGGGUAAGAGCUGAUCAGGGCUGGCUGGCAGGCAAGAGGUUGAGGAGGGGAUCAGCGUGCGGGUAAGGGCAGAUAGGCUGUGAAGCACUGAGCAGAGUGCUGAUAUCACUAGAAGCACCUCCCUCCCCUCACAGCCCAAGUCCUCCAUAACUGAAUGCCCACUGUGUACUGAAUGUACCUGUUCCUGCAGUCUGCGCGCCGACCGUGAUGUAUGUGCUGUGGCUGCAGUAUAUAUGGUACCACUGGUAACAAUCCCACCCACAUACGCAAUGUCGCAUUGAGGGCCGUCAUCAUGUGUCGCUGACGCCGGCCAAAACUUGUGUGCGCAGUGCAGCCUGCGCUUGGGCCAAACCGUGCUAAAAAAUAAAUGGGGGUGUACUGACCCAAUCGGCCUAAGAAGACCGGCCAUGCCCCCACACCCCCCGUUUCUCAACAGUUGUUAAUAUAAUGCCAGCGAGUCAGUCCACGCUUUUUUUUUUUUUUUUUAAUAUUUUAAAAAGCAUCUGUAGUUGUGCCACCCCCUAAAUCUUCUGCCCUCAUGUGGCUAACAGUAGAUACGCCCCUGUUGGUCUGUGUGAUAAGAAUUAAAGAUGAACAUUAUACAUUUUACCUUUGUUGUAACCCCAAUUUGCCAGUGUCUCAGUCAGACCUGCUCUCCAAUGGUGUGAGGACUUUACCUCUCAGUAGCACAGAGGUACAAGAAGGAUGGGAACCUUUGGUAGAGGUGAGACACCACUGGAGACCUUCAAUCAGAAAGGGAGAUCUACGACAGUACAGCAUAAUGGCUACUGUGGGGCCGUCACUGGCAAACGCACAGUGGGAGAGAAUAUUGAUGCCAGUAUUAAAGAUGGCAGAAUGGGGCUCCGUCAGCAGCUGGUGCAACAUCCCAGGGGAGUGAAUUGCCGAGCGACGAAGCGUUUUCAUAGCGUUUUCGAAGCGAAUUUCAGAGUGAUUUUCCAAGUGAUUUCACAGCGAUUGUUUUAUAGAGAUAUUCAGCGAUAUUCCAUCUGAUUUUUGGCGUUUGGAAAAAACAUCUUCCUUUGACGUCAGCUGAUAUCUUCUUUAUAACCCAACAGCUCUUUUAAGAGCUAAAAAACUUGGGCGCAAUGACAUUCUGCACCCCCUGGAGGAAGGUAAGGCAACUGCUAUUGUUUUAUCUGAAUUUAGGGUUUUGCUGUAUAGAGAACAGAUAAAGUAUAGAAUGUAAUAGAAUCUUUCUCUUCUCCUUCAGCCACAGGCGGAAUCCAGAUCCCUCUCCGAGAUUCAUAAGGUGAGUAGAAAGGAGGUUAAAACACUCGCCGCUACUGCCGGAAGUGAGACGUAUUUUGUACUCUGAGGAAUAUUAUGUUAUCAAUAAAAUCCUUUUUCCUAUUUUAUUUUCCAGCCUCCUGAUGGUCGGCUGACCAAGGAUGUGCUUCUUGGAGUGGGCGGCACCGGAGACGUGUACAAGGUAAGGGACCAACCAAUUCCUAGAGAGUAGGGGAACUGAACAAGAUAGUGAUCACUACACACAAUCACACAAUGAUUUAGGCAGACAUAUCAAGCUUCGGAUUUGGGGGCUGCAUUAGACCCUCUCUUUCCUACUUGUAUACAAGUCAACCUUUCUGUCUGUAUUACAGGGACGACACCAUCGUAAAGGCGUGGUAGCGGUGAAGAUCGCCAACAUCAGCCGAGUACUGUAUCUUUAUAAUUCCAUUCUCUAUAUAUCAAUCCUAUUUGUGUAGUUGCCUAUGUGAGCUUAAGGGAUUUCUAAUAUUCCACUCCAGGAUGAAGAGUCAGUCAUGAGGGAGCUGAAGUUUCUCCAGCAGUUUGGAGGCCACAAGAACAUCGCCUCUUACUAUGGAGCCUACUACAGGGCUCCACUCACGGAGUGCUCAUCGGAGCUCUUGGAAAUUGUUCUCGAGUACUGUGGUGGAGGCUCUCUUGACAACCUCAUCAGCAAGACCAAUGGCCAAUCCCUGAAGGAGACCUGGAUUGGCUAUGUCUGCAAGGAGGUUUUAAAGGGGCUGAACCACAUCCACAAGAACCGGGCCGUUCAUAGAGACAUCAAGAGCCUGAACAUCAUGCUCACAGAGACGGCCAAAGUGAAGAUCAUCGACUUUGGAAACAGCUGGGACCUGGACCCGCAGACUGGAUUGUGCUACGAAGCGGAAGGGACUGCACAUUGGAUGGCACCCGAGGCCAUAAGGCAGAAGGGCCAGCGCCUGGCGUACGACACCAAAUGUGACAUCUGGUCGCUGGGGAUAACCGCCAUCGAAAUGGCCGAGGGAAAACCACCAUAUGCAGAUCAAUACCCAGUGGAGCACCUGAUAAGAGAAGCCCAACCACCGAAGCUUCAGUCAAACCGAUGGUCACAACGUUUUGUGUCCUUCUUGGAGUCCUGUCUGAAGAAGGAUCCUUCGGAGAGAGGGAGUGCUGAAGAACUCCUGCAGCACCCAUUUGUCACCCAACUGCCACCUAAGAAGAUCAUCAAGGUUGAGAUUGAAGAACAUCUCCGGACUCUGCAGAACCUGCCGGCCAAGAAGGGAGUAACUCUCUGGACCCUGAAACAGCUGCGGCAUGCUUGUGACUUCUGUGCACAGACAUCGGCAGAACAAGAAGCAGCUCUGCAAAUGGCCCUGGAGGGCUUCUCCUGUUAUUGAUCUUGUGGCCAAUAACAUCAACAGCCCAGAAGGGUAAGGUCCCAUCUCAAUUCAGUAUCCCUGCACAAUGGAUCUUAGCUGGAAGACAAAUAGCAAUUUGCUGCUGCUGCUGCCUGGUGUGUAUAUACAUUAGUAUGACCCGAAUUCUCACUGUGCACAAGAGGUGGGUUUCGGCUAGAAGAUGCUCAAGUUUGCAUUUCUUGGUCACAAUCCUCCCCAUGUGUGAAGCAAAUAAACACACCGGGCAGUAGGGGCUGAAUCAAGGUUUUCUGUGCUGAUGGACAUUAGCCUCACUGCAGCAGCCACACAAUAACACAACAGGGUAGAAUGUGAUUGAGAAGUCUCAGGCAUUAUUUCCUAUUCCCAUAGCCAGUGCAUUUAUUUCUAAAAGGAGCAUCAGCCUGGGAGAAAAACAUGUUGCCACCCCUAAUGAAUAAGGCUUGUGCUUAAAUGCCAUGCCUCUGAAUGAGAAUUCAUGAUGAUCUAUUACUGACAUUUUUUUGUCAUACAGAUUCAGUGAUGUCUACAGCUCCAUCACCAACAUCUCCUUUCAGGCUACUGCAGUUCAGCCAGUUGUGACUUCAACUCCUGCAACUCCACCAGCAGGGACUUCAUAUCCUUCUGUAGCUCCAUAUUUAUAUUCUUUUCAGACUACCACAUCACCACCAGUGGUGUCUUCAGUUAACAUCACUCCACCAGAAGUCUCACAUUCAAGGGCCACAUCUCCACCUCACUUUCCAACUGCCAUAGUUCCAUCCAUCUUCCUUUUCUUGCAGACUACUGCAACUCCAACAUCUUUUUCAAACCAUAGUUUCACUAUUAGGACCUUAGUUUUCAUUACUAUCAAAUUACCAAAUCUCCACCCAAGGACUAUUCAUUUAACUUUAGCUCCACCACCAGCCCUUAUCCCAUAUUUUACCUCUACCAGCAAGCUCUGUCCUUGUGCUAACACACCUCCACCAAUAUCUUCUUUUAUUUACAUAUUGUCAGGAGUUUCUCCUCUUUAAAAUAUCUUUUAAUCCUUGCUCUUCUUCCUGCACCUCCAUUGGUUCUUCCAUUCCACCAAGACAUUUAGUUACCACCACACGCUAAAAAUUAUGCCCCCUACACAGAGGCUUCUCUUUUUUCUUUUGCCUCCCCCCCCUGCAAUCUCAGUUCCUCAGUGGUUCUUCCUAUUCAAAUUGUCUUCCUAUCCUUUCAAUCCACUCAACAACCAGUCACAUCUCCUACUCUAAACCCUGACAUAAACUCUUAGUACUAAUACUGACAUAAACUCAUAGUACAAGUUGAUCCAGGGACUUGUCCGAUUGCCCUUUGGGAGUCAGGAAGGAAUUUUUUCCCACUGUGAAGCAAAUUGGCUUUGACUUCAGAUGGGGGUUUUUUGCCUUCCUCUGGAUCAACUACUAAAUAGGAAGAUCCCAUUUACACUAAAACUUGAACCUAAUGGAUGCGAGUCCUUCCCAACUUAAAUUAGUAUGAAUUAAUCUAAAAUGCAUAAAUAUAACAUCUAUAAAUAAAUAUAAUUUAUAAAUAAAUAUGUUA